AUGAACUCUGUGGGAGCAACCUAUAAAUACCGGCGUACAUUUAUGAAUAAUCCUCCAAAAAAAUUAUUAAUAGAAUUGAAACGAUUUCGUUCAGACGAUACAAAAAUCUGCAUGAUAAUGGAAUAUCCUGAAACUCUUGAUAUUGGCCCGUUUAUUGUACCAGAAGAUCAGUCACAUUCGUCAUCACGUUACAUACUCUAUGGAAUGGUAGUACAUCAGGGACUUUCGAUACAUAGUGGUCAUUAUUAUACCUGUGUUAAAAGUAAUAAAGCCUGGAAGUUAAUCAAUGAUGAAAAUAUGACUGAUAUGAAUAUGUCUGAUAAUUUCGAAAUGGAUUGUACAACUGAAUAUACAUCUGCUACAAAAGAUCAAAAGAAAGAAAUGGGAAGUUUGAACAAUGGAAAUGUGACUGAUAAUCAAAAAAAUGAAAAACUGUUCAGUAAUAGUCGUGCUUCAAUUGAACGUAAACGGUGUAUGAUCAUAUUUACUGAUUUACUAAGGUGUCGGAAAUUCAAAACUUGAGCGCAUUUUAGUUUUCGAUAUUUUUACAUGGAUCGAUAGAGCU